AUGAAAAGGCAGAUCACUGGAUCGUGGCUGGAUGGCAUGGAAGACAGUGGGAUUUUCAAAACAAUGAAAAGACAAUGGAACAUUGCGAUCAUUGGAUCACGAAUGGAUGGCAUGGAGAACAGUAGGAUUUUCAAAACAAUGAAAAGGCAGAUCACUGGAUCGUGGCUGGAUGGCAUGGAGGACAGUGGGAUAUUCAAAACAAUGAAAAGGCAGAUCACUGGAUCGUGGCUGGAUGGCAUGGAAGACAGUGGGAUUUUCAAAACAAUGAAAAGACAAUGGAACAUUGCGAUCAUUGGAUCACGAAUGGAUGGCAUGGAGAACAGUAGGAUUUUCAAAACAAUGAAAAGGCAGAUCACUGGAUCGUGGCUGGAUGGCAUGGAGGACAGUGGGAUAUUCAAAACAAUGAAAAGGCAGAUCACUGGAUCGUGGCUGGAUGGCAUGGAAGACAGUGGGAUUUUCAAAACAAUGAAAAGACAAUGGAACAUUGCGAUCAUUGGAUCACGAAUGGAUGGCAUGGAGAACAGUAGGAUUUUCAAAACAAUGAAAAGGCAGAUCACUGGAUCGUGGCUGGAUGGCAUGGAGGACAGUGGGAUAUUCAAAACAAUGAAAAGGCAGAUCACUGGAUCGUGGCUGGAUGGCAUGGAAGACAGUGGGAUUUUCAAAACAAUGAAAAGACAAUGGAACAUUGCGAUCAUUGGAUCACGAAUGGAUGGCAUGGAGAACAGUAGGAUUUUCAAAACAAUGAAAAGGCAGAUCACUGGAUCGUGGCUGGAUGGCAUGGAAGACAGUGGGAUUUUCAAAACAAUGAAAAGACAAUGGAACAUUCUGAUCACUGGAUCACGACUGGAUGGCAUGGAGAACCGAGCAGGAUUUUCAAAACAAUGA